AUGAAAGGUCUCCCAUUCACUGGCGAAUUCUGGCAACAGAGAGCGUUCUACAAGUGUUUCCUGAUCCUGUUCCACUGUGACCACUGGUCGUCGGAGAACGGCAACACCUCGAUGCCCUCCAAAACCACCGUCAUCCCUCUGAACCGCAGGGUCUACAGCAACACGGUGGCCCAGAUCUCCACAGACGCCCUCAACUAG